AUGCCCAUGCUAACAUCCCCCAUGUUUAUGAACUUAUGGAUGGGUCCAAAGAAACAAGCAAGGAAGGAAAGGUAUCACGAGAAACUUGCUUUCCAAGUGAAAGAUAUAAUAAUGGGCGAACCCGUUACUAAAGACAACAAGAAGAAACGUGCAGUAAAGGCCUUGCAGAGACAUGAUACAGCAAUGAAUAUUGUCAACAUUCUCAAAAGUAUGCCGGAUCCUACUGCAACGCAGGAAGAGCAAGUAGAGGAAGUGGAAAAGAAAGGGAGCACUAAUGAUGUCAACAGUGUUGUUAAUAAUGAUAACGGCAAUGUCGUUACAAAGAAGUCAAAUCACUCUUGGUUUUCAUUUAUGAGAUUCAAUAAUACCGAGACAAAAACAACAGCCUCAUCUGAGACGUCCAAUUCCUCAGAAAACCCUGGUCAAGAUUCUCGCGUAAUUAGCGCAUCUGCAGAAGUUUCGGUCACUCAAUCGUCCAAUUCCACAAAACUUGUACCUAAACCUCAUUUUCGGCCGUCCGAGACUGAAAUCUCUGUCCACAUAUUUUGGUGGGGUUACGAAAUCUACGUUCCUACCCCUUGUAUGGGUCGUUUGAAUCAAGCUCAGAACGUCAGUCAGGCUUUCAUUGGGUUCAUACGUUCAAUUGCCGGUUCUGUUACUGCUUUGACACCGUAUUGGGGAUUUAUAUCGGCCUGGGUUGGAUUGCAAUUUAGCAUUAUCAAAAUGCAGGAUAAUGGUCAUGGCGUUGUGAUAGCUGCCACAUGGGUACUUCCUAUUGCGUUGAUACCGCGACCUUGGGACGUUGAAGAUUGA